ACCAGCUCGCAGAGCCGGAAAUUGUUAAUCCUGGGGUGCGAGCAUUGAAGUGGGCCCUAGCACUAUCUGAUGAAACCUGUCGGAUCUGAGUUACACCUGACGCCGAAUCAAAGGAAACAAAACCAGCUGAAGUAUCCGUUGGGGGGUAAAAGGCCCCGACGUGAAAAGAAAUCAAGAAUUGUCCUGAGAGUGCGAUUGAGUCGAGGGCGCAGUUCUAUCAAAAAGUGGAGUGGACGGGCCGGAGGGGUAGUGGCCACGAACAGAGUGAACGGGCCGAAGGGGCAGUGGUAGCGAACAAGUGGAGGAAGCUGAGAAACAUCAUUUUGCUGAAUCUCUGCUGGUUGGCUACCACUAUCUCGUCCUCUCCCAAAAGAUGCUUUGAUGUCAUUCACGCUAUCUGAGUGAGAGAGGAGAGAGCCCCCCGGUACUCCCGGGUGAUGAGCCAGGUUGUGACCGCCCAUUUUAUAAUAAUCGUUCAACCAUGGCCGCAGAUUUGCAAGCCAAGUAUCAGAAACUGGCUCAGGAGUAUUCCAAGCUUCGAGCUCAGAACCAAGUUCUGAAGAAAGCAGUUGUGGACGAACAGGGUCAUGGUGCUUCUUUAAAGGAGGAGCUAAAAAUGAAGGAUCAAAGUGUUAGGAAGUUGCAGCAGGAAAUGGACAGUCUGACAUUCCGAAAUCAGCAGCUGGCAAAGCGUGUUGAGCUACUUCAAGAGGAGCUGGUGACCACUGAGGCCAAAGGGAAGAAGAGCAAGCAGAAGUGUGCUGAUUCUCCAUCUCAGCUAAACCAGCAAAGACAGAGUGUUUUUGAUGAAGAUCUGCAGAACAAGAUAGAAGAAAAUGAACGAUUGCACAAGCAAGUUCAAGAAGCUCAAGAAAGACAUAAACGAAUUGAAACUGAGCUCAGGGAACGAUUAAUGGUGUUGGAGAGAGAUGCCAUGCAACAUCAUGAUGUGGUUGAUGGCUUAAAACAAAAAUACACGGACACCAUAGCAAAACUUCAAAAUGACAAAGCAAAUUUAGAGGUCAAGUCGCACUCAUUGGAAAGAGAAGCUAAAGACUGUAGACUCCGAGCAGAAGAAUGCCAACAACAACUAAAAAAUGUACAUGCUGACCUAAGCAGGCGAUUAGACCAGUCAACAAACAUCAUUCAAGAAAAGUUACCUUUCAAUGAUACAAGGCUUGCAGAGUACUACACAUUGGAUGUACCCAUUCAUGAUAGGAGGCAUCAGUUAAAAGCUCGUGAUGUGAGCGGGCAAGCACUAGCUUUUUGUCAAGAUUUGGUGGGAGCGCUGCUGAACUUUCAUACCUAUACAGAACAAAGAAUUCAGAUCUACCCCAUAGAUUCUGCAAUGGAUACCAUUUCGCCUUUGAACCAAAAGUUUUCUGAAUACCUGCAUGAAAAUGCCUCAUACGUUCGUCCACUAGAGGAAGGAAUGUUGCACUUAUUUGAAAGUAUUACUGAAGAAAGUGUUACUACACUGGAAACUGCUGUGAAACUUAAACCAUUUUCAGACAUCUUUACUACUUAUGUUUGUUUUCUAAAGAAAAUUCUACCGUAUCAAUUAAAAAGUUUGGAAGAGGAAUGUGAAUACUCACUCUGCACUACUAAUUUACGAGAACAGAACACUGAACUGCGGUGUGACAUGCAAAAGAUUACUGCUAUCUUUGAAAAGCUGCAAAUUUACAUAAACCUUCUUGCCUUGCCAAGUACCAAUCCUGAAAUGUUGCUUCAGACAAACUACAACGUAGUUUUUACACAGCUUGCUGCUUGUCUUCAUUCCUUGCAUGAUGUUAUGAAAGAUAUUUCCAAACAUUACAAUCAGAAGGUUUUAUUGGAACAAGAACUACCCACCAUUACACAGAAGCUUAAAACUACCAAUGACUGCAUUUUAUCUUCUAUUGUAGCACUGUCAAAUGUCACAGGAAAGAUUUGUACGUUCUUCAGCAACAACUUGGACUUCUUUACGGCUCCUUCAGUGUAUGGCUCAAAGAGAGGAAUGGGUGUAAUAGAUCCUCUUUCAGCAGAGUGUAUGUUGGAGAAUAAGAAGAAAGCAGCUGCUUACAUUAAGUCUCUAAAGAAGUCUUGUCCAGAAUCAGUACCAUAUGCUGAAGCUCUAGCAAAUCGCAAGAUCAUUUUAAGUUCCACUGAGAGCCGCGAGGGACUUUCACAACAGGUGCUUCAAAGCCAAGAGAAGAUAACAAAACUGGAACAGGAGAAAGAGCAUUGGAUGUUGGAGGCUCAGUUAGCCAAAAUAAAACUGGAGAAGGAGAGUCAGCGUAUAAAUGACUUAGAAAAUCAAUACAGAUUAACACUUUCUGGGCAGAUGCCUUCAGUUGAUUCUCUACAAACAAAUGGCACUAUUUCCAAAAUUGAAGAUUUGGAGCGUGUUGAAAAGGACUCUAAUGAACCAAUCCAAAGUACUAGUCAAGUUGGAAUGUUGACCACUUACACAAGUAACAAUGAGAUUCCAGAUGAGGACUCAUGGGAACACUUGAUCAAAAGUCACUACAUGAUGAGAGUGGCAGAGCUAACAUCACAGCUUCAGAUAGCAGAUAGCAAGUCGGUGCAUUUUCAUGCAGAGUGCCGAGCCCUUGCUAAACGCUUAGCACUUGCAGAGAAGUCCAGAGAAGCCCUCUCAGAAGAAGUAAAAGUUGCCAAUCAGAACAUUGUGCGAUUGCAGGAUGAGCUGACUACAACAAAAAGAAGUUAUGAAGAUCAAUUGAGUAUGAUGAGUGAUCACCUCUGCAGCAUAAAUGAGACUUUAUCAAAACAAAAGGAAGAAAUUGACUCUCUUCGAAUGGGCAGCAAGGGUAAUGCUAAGAAAAACAGAAAUCGAUAAUGUCUGAAGCAUCAUUCAACUGAAGAUUUAUACACAAAAGAUGCAAAUAUUGUUUUCAACAGGGAAGUUUGAUGCCAAAUGAAGAAUUGUAAUGAUUUCAUUCUGGGAGUAAAGGUGUGUGAUGAUAGUGGAAUUGUAGAGCUGAGAAAUCAAAAUAUUCUAUCCACAGGAUUUUUUAUAUACCAUUCCCUAAAAUUUUAGGAACAUAUUCUGGCACUUAAGACCUAUCCACAAAUGUACCUGUGAAAUUUCCACCCACUAUGUAAUUUGUAAUGGUAGCUUUUAAGUCAUUUUAUUUGUGUAAAUCCAUAAAGAUGGUUUUGUACAUUGAAUUAUGUGACAAACUGUGUGGUAAUUAGGUAACUAUUUCUGAACCGAAAAAAUCCAGCAUAUUGUGCCUGGCAGAUGUUUUCUUGAAAUGUGGAGCACAACUAUAACCUUUGUGGUUUACCUUGCUUUUCUUCUUGAAUGUCUAUAGACUGCUCAUCCUGCAAUUUUUUCCAAUGACUCACAUGGUUCUCCUCCUGUUUCCUCCCUCCUCCCCAUUACUCCCCCCACCCCCAAGAACAUCUGACUGCAAAAAUCUAUUCACGGAAUAAUGUUAAUGGGAAAGUAGUCAAUAAAAAAGAACACUGUACUGCACAUUUAGAGUUUUGCAUUAUUAUACAACUGAAACACCAGCUUGUUGUGCAUUUCUCAGCACUAUUUAGAUGAAAGGUGCAUCCACGCAGCACCUUUUCACAACCUCUGACUAAAAAGUACUUUGGGACCUUUAACAAAAUACCUUUUUGAAAUAUAAUUACUUACAGAAUUCUCAACCAAUUUGAACACAUUCCAACAAUGAAAUAAUGACUAGUUAAUUUUAUUGUCGAAUGAUACAAUAUUUGACCAAGACAAUAUCUAUCUUAAUAUUUAUGCAGACUUUCACAGACAAUAUUUAUUAUCAUAAAGUCAUAUAGCAUGAAAAAGCACCCUUUGGGACAUCCAUAUGCACCAGUCCUGCACAAAUCCCAUUUUAUUCUUCCUGUCAGCUUCCUUUGAUAGUUUGGAUUUUCAUUUUCUACAACAGAAAUUUAUUCAAACAAAAGUAUUGUUCCCUAGUCAUUCAUUAAGUACACAUGCUGUGUAAAAUAAUUUACCCUGGAGUUAUUUUAAAAUUGCUUUUUUUGUGUUUCAAAUUGGUUAGUAAUAUAUUUUCAUUAAGUUAAAUGUUUCUAAUGAUACAUUUUAAAACCUAAAUUAAUUACUCUAGCAGUUUUAUCUGCCUUGCUCCUCAAUCUUUUCCACUUUCUUCCUUCACAUAGCUAAUUUGCUCAUUCACUGAGUUAUCUUGGAAAUGUCCAGUAUGUUGUUAAUACGACAUUCAGUCACUGAUAAUAAUUGAAAAAUUAAUGUGAUUUGGUUAUCAGUGUAUUUUCAUUAUUUCAUAUUGAAUGAGCACUGAAUAGUAAGAAUAUUCAGUAUGUUGUUGCACUUAGCAAAGACCUUGCAGGACCUAGCAUAAGAUCUUCGAAACUGAACUGAAAAGGCCUAAAAGCAUUAAGUUCAUAUAAAACUCUGUGCGAGGAAUCCAGAAAGAACUCUUUUUAUAGAACAUAGAAGAAAACAGUAUAGUGCAGUACAGGCCCUUUGGCCCACAAUGUUGUGCUGACCUUUUAACUUAGUCCAAGAUCAAUCUAACCCUUUUCUUCUAUAUAUCCCUCUGUUUUCUUUAUUCGUCCAUACUAUGGACAUCGCUUGCUGGUAUGAUAAGUUUUAUAAAUGCAAUGUAUUUCCAUUUCUGCUUGGGUAGAGCAUUGUGAGAGGUGAAAAAAUAAAAUGCAAGAUGAUUGCAAAUAUUAAAAUUUUCCAUUUGUCAUUUCUGAUUGCUGUAGGGUAGAGAUAUUUCAAUUGGCUAAUUAAGAAAAGGGAAGAAAGGAUAAAUCAAAAUAUUAAGUACAGGAGUUGGGAUGUUAUGAUAUAGUUGUAUAAGAAAUUGGUGAGACCAAAUUUGACAUUUUGCAAGCCGUUCUGGUCACCAGCCUACAGGAAAGACAUCAAUAAGAUUCAAUGAGUAUAGAAAAAAAUUACAAGGAUGUUGCCAGAACCUGAGUUAUAAGUAAAGGUUCAAUAGGUCAGACUUUAUUCCCUGGAAUACAGGAGAAUGAAGGGAGAUUUGAUAGAAGUAUACAAAAUUAUGGACUUUAGGAUUAAUGCAAGGAGGCUUUUUUCCACUGAAGGUGGGUGAAACACGAACUAGAGGUCAUUGGUUAAGGAUGAAAGGUGAAAUAUUUAAAGGGAAACCCAGGGGGAACAUCUUCAGAGGGUGGUGCAAGUGUGCAAUGAGUUGUUAGUAGAAGUGGUGGACGCAGGUUCGAUUUCAACAUCUAAGAAAAACUUGGAUAAGUAUAUAUCCAAAUUGGGUGAGAUAUGGAGGGAUGUGGUCUAUCUGCAAGUCAAUGAGACUAGUUCAGCAUGGACUUGAUGGUCUGAAUGGCCUUUUUCUGUGCUGUAGAGCUCUGUGAAUCUAUGAAGCUUUCUCAUAACAAUAGAGGGGUUUGCACCAUCUACAGCCCGUUGGAGCAGAAGGUUUCUUAACAUAAUUUUUAAAUGUAAUUUUAUUGAAUAGAGAUUUUGUGUUCUCUAGCAUCUAAUCACUUGGGGCAAAACAAUCAAAACCAAAUUAAACCCCUUUGUCUGUAACUGGAUGAAAGACAGAGUUGCAAGUAGACUGAUGUUAAGAAACCAGAAUGGAUGUAGCUGAUUAAGAUUAAAGAAUGAUUCAGCACGGCCAGAAAAUUUGGGUGAAAUAGCAUCCAAAAGUCUCUACCCCACCCCCCCCAAGAGUAUAUCACUAUUUGCGUUAUAUUAGUUUUCCAAUAGUAUGUCAACACAAAUAGAAAUUUAAUCAACUGUACUCAUGAAAAGCAGGUUACAAAGCUUUGUUAAUCAUUUGAUAUUUUGAUAAUAAUUAAUUGUCAGUUAUUUAAGAAGUUACUUGAAUAAUUUUACCAAUUUGACUACUAUAAUUUAUAUUCAGUUCAUUAAUGCUGGCUUAUGGUGAUAUUAAGUUGCUUAUAAGCUUGCUUCAAUAAAUUGCUGGAUCAGAAUUAUAACAUAUCUAUUAUUUGUGCCUAAUUUUAUAUUGUAUUUUUAUAUUUUGGUUUAUAAUUUAAUGACUUUCUUAGAAUUCAUGUAAUUUUUUUACCCAACAGCCAAUAAUGAACUUUAAACUCAAUGCCAAAUUUAAUGGAAGUAGGGGUUACUAUAAACCUGUUUCAAUAAGCAGACUCUGUCAUCAGUCAUAUUUUUAACUUAAAUUGAUCCAUCAACUCCAGAAAAUUCUAUCAAUAGAGAGGAAAGGAUUCAGCUGUUUUCUUUUACUUGCAUGCACUACUAAAAUGUUACAAAUAUUCUGGCAAAAUUAUGGUAUAUUUAGGAUUCUAUACAAUAAAUCCAUUAGAAUUAAUGAGAUUUAAAUUCUGGAGUGACUGAGUAAUGUAUCUGCUGGUUCAAUGCUGGCAUUGAAGUUUCCUUAAAGAAGAUAUCUUUCCUGCUAUGUUCUGAUGUGCUUAUUUUAAUAUGUUGAGGGAAAAACAAUGGAGGCCAGUUAUGCCCCCCCCCCCCCGCCACAAAGAGAACAAGCAUUUCUUUUGGCUGCUUUACAGAAUUUCCAAGCAGCACCCAGUAAAGCUGAACAAAAAGUUAUGGGCAUUCUAUCUGUUUUUUUCUACAGCAGUAAAUAAGUCAGCAGAUGUGAAGUAUGGAGCAGUAGAAAGGAAAGGGUGUCUUCAGAUUCUGGGAUCUGGAGCAAAACACAAGCUGCUAAAAGACAGGAUCUGUGGAGACAAAGUGGUAUUUUUAUUUCAAAGAUCAGCUUAAAAGUGAAAUAAAUAGCAGUGCAAUAUCUUUAUACAGUAUAUUCUUAGUGUAGCAGGGUUUAAGAUGGUGCUGAUGUUGGGGCCAGAGGUGAGCGCUGGUACUGUUCGCUGCCUCGAGAUGCUUUCUUAGCUCUGCACUGAACUGCAGUGCUGCCUGCAUUGAUGCCUGGCUUCGUGUUUGCGGUCUUGCAACGUUUACUCAGGUUUGUUAUGAACUGUGGCUGUUGCAGUGAUGUCUGACUUUGUGUCUUUCAUAAAACUCUAGUUCUGAAUGCUAGUUGUUUACUUUUAUUGUUUGCAUGAUAUUUUUCUCUCCACAUAUUAUGUUUGACAGUUUUUUUAUAAAUGUGUUCUUUUGAAGUUUCUUUGUUUUGUAGCUGCC